CUCAGCUGAUGACCGCCAACUUCCGUCUCGUGACUUCCGGGUCGCGAGUGAUCUUUUUUUCAUCGCCGCACGCAACAAAUUAGGGCUCGGGCCAUGAACGCGUCGGACGAAGAGGACGACGCCUACACGGAGCGGACGGCGCUGGUCCGGUCGGAGAAUCCGGCAGUGCCGUCCUACCGACCGGAACGCUCAUCCCGAAAGCAGGGCGGCGUUGAGCCCGAGGCGGAGGACGAGCAGCUGAGCCUCAAGUACGGCGCCAAGCACGUCAUCAUGCUCUUUGUGCCCGUCUCGCUCUGCAUGUUAGCGGUCGUCGCCACCAUCAAGUCGGUGGACUUUUACGCCGAGAAGACGGACCAGCAGCUGAUUUACACGCCGUUCACGGAGAACACGUCGUCGGUGGGCCGCCGCCUUCUCAACUCAGUGCUCAAUUCGGUCAUCAUGAUCAGCGUGAUUGUGAUCAUGACGCUGUUCCUGGUCUUUCUGUACAAGUACCGCUGCUACAAGUUCAUCCACGGGUGGCUCAUCCUGUCGUCGCUCUUGCUGCUCUUCUGGUUCAGCUUCAUGUACCUCAGCGAGGUCCUGAAGACGUACAACGUGGCGAUGGACUACGUGACGGCGGGCCUUCUGAUCUGGAACUUUGGCGCGGUGGGCAUGGCGUGCAUCCACUGGAAGGGGCCGCUAGCGCUGCAGCAGGCCUACCUGAUCGCGGUCAGCGCGCUAAUGGCGCUGGUGUUUGUCAAGUACCUGCCCGAGUGGUCGGCCUGGGUCAUCUUGGCCGCCGUCUCAGUCUACGACUUGGUGGCUGUGUUAUGUCCCAGAGGUCCGCUACGGAUGCUAGUGGAGACGGCGCAGGAACGCAACGAGCCGGUUUUCCCCGCCCUCAUCUACUCAUCCGCUAUGGCGUGGACGGCGAGGAGCCCCGCAGACGGCGAGGCGGGACAGCAGACGGAUGAGGAGUCCUGCAACGAGGAGUCCGGCGGCGAGGGGACGGAGGACGAGGGACGGCGCUCACCCGCGGAUGACGAGCAAGAGGAACGCGGCGUCAAGCUAGGCUUAGGGGACUUCAUCUUCUACAGCGUCCUGGUGGGCAAAGCGGCGGCCGGCGGCGACGACUGGAACACCAUCGCGGCCUGCUUCGUGGCCAUCUUGAUCGGUCUGUGCGUGACGCUGGCGCUGCUAGCCAUGUGGAAGAAGGCGCUCCCGGCGCUGCCUAUCUCCAUUUCGCUGGGUUUGAUCUUCUACUUCUCGUCCGACACGCUGCUGCGGCCCUUUAUGGAGCACCUGACCGCUCAUCAGCUUUACGUCUGACGCCUUUGUACUAGGGGUGGGAACCUCUCUGCACCUCACAUUACGCGAUACAAAGCUCACAAUAUGACGAUACAAUGGUAAGGAACUCAUUCUACAAAACAACUAAUAAACAGGAAAAUCAAGCGGUCUUCAUCCUUCUGCUUUAAGUUUAGGAGACAUCCAACCCAUGAUUUGAACUGGGAGGGUGGCAGCACAUGAACCCCUCCCACUUCUAUGGCCGUCACUGCCAGGCAAUGCCAGGCAACGAGGUCAUUUUGGGCUGUUUCAGUUAAUUACCUGUUGAUUUUCAGUCACUUCCUGCCGGUUUUGGGCCAUUUUAUGGGUCGCUUCCUGUUCUGUAACCCAAAAUAAAAGCAAGUGACUGAAAAUGCCACCAAAUUAAGUGAAGUGACUGAAAAUGAACAGGAAGUGACCUGAAGUGACCGAAAAUGAACAGGAAGUGACCUGAAAAUGCCCCCAAAUUAAGAGAAGUGACCGAAAAUGAACAGGAAGUGACCGAAAAUGAACAGGAAGUGACCUGAAAAUGCACCCAAAUUAAGUGAAGUGACCCAAUUUUAACAGGAAGUGACCGAAAAUGAACAGGAAGUGACCUGAAAAUGCACCCAAAUUAAGUGAAGUGACCCAAGAUUAACAGGAAGUGACCUGAAAAUGAACAGGAAGUGACGUGAAAAUGCACCCAAAUUAAGUGAAGUGACCCAAGAUUAACAGGAAGUGACCGAAAACAGGAAGUGACCUGAAAAUGCCCCCAAAUUAAGUGAAGUGACCGAAAAUUAACAGGAAGUGACCUGAAAAUGCACCCAAAUUAAGUGACGUGACCCAAUUUUAACAGGAAGUGACCGAAAAUGAACAGGAAGCGACCUGAAAAUGCACCCAAAUUAAGUGAAGUGACCCAAGAUUAACAGGAAGUGACCUGAAAAUGCCCCCAAAUUAAGUGAAGUGACCCAAGAUGAACAGGAAGUGACCUGAAAAUGCCCCCAAAUUAAGAGAAGUGACCCAAAAUGAACAGGAAGCGACCUGAAAAUGCACCCAAAUUAAGUGACCCAAAAUGAACAGGAAGUGACCUGAAAAUGCACCCAAAUUAAGUGAAGUGACCCAAGAUUAACAGGAAGUGAACUGAAAUGACCAAACAUCAACAGGAAGUGACCUGAAAAUGCCCCCAAAUUAAGUGAAGUGACAAAAAAUUAACAGGAAGUGACCUGAAAUGACCCGAAAUUAACAGGAAGUGACCUGAAAAUGCCCCCAAAUUCAAAGACUGAACUGGAGCUCAACAGGAAGUGACCUGAAAAUGCCCCCAAAUUAAGUGAAAUGACCAAAAAUUAACAGGAAGUGACCUGAGGUGCCCUAAAAUGAACAGGAAGUGACCUGAAAAUGCCCCCAAAUUAGGUGAAGUGACCCAAGAUUAACAGGAAGUGAACUGAAGUGACUGAAAAUGAACAGUAAGUGACCUGAAAAUGCCCCCCAAUUAACUAAAGUGACCCAAGAUUAACAGGAAGUGACCUGGAAAUCCCCCUAAAUUAAGUGAAGUUACCCAAAAUCAAGAGGAAGUGAACUGAAAAUGCCUCCAAAUUAAAGGAUCUCAACAGGAAGUAACCUGAAAAUGCCCCCAGAUCAAAUGACUGAAAAUUGUCGGGAUUUGACCUAAAAUGAUUCUAAAUGAAAGGAAAUAACCAAAAAGCAAGAGGAAGUGACCUGAAAAUGCCUCCAAAUUAAGUCAAGUAACCGAAAAUUAACAGGAAGUAACCAGAAAUGACUCAAGAUUAAAGGAAAUGACCAAAAAUUCACAGGAAGCAACCUGAAAAUGCUCCCAAAUUAAAGUGACGGAAAAUUAACAGGAAGUAACCUGAAAUGACUCAAAGGAAAUUACUCAAACUCAACAGGAAGUGACCUGAAAUACCUCCAAAUUAAAGGAACUCAACGGGAAGUGACAUGAAAAUGCCCCCAAAGUAAGUGAAAUGACAAAAAAAAUCAACAGGAAGUGAACUGAAAAUGCCCCCAAAUUCAAGGAAGUGAUCAAAAACUAACAGGAAGUGACCUGGAAAAUGUCCCCACAUUUUAGGAAGGCACUGUAACUCAACAGGGAGUGACCUGAAAUUAAGUGAAGUGACUAAAAAUGAACAGGAAGUGACCUGAAAUAACUCAAAAUUGAAGGAAAAUGACCAAAAAUCAACAGGAGGAAGUGACCUGAAAAUGCCCCCAAAUUUAGUGAAGUGACACAAAAAAAUCAACAGUAAUCCACCUGAAAAUGCCCCGAAAUUCAGUGAGGUGCCCAAAAAUUAACAAGAAGUGACCUGAAAUGAAUCAAAAUUAAAUGAAAAUGACCAAAAAUGAACAGGAAGUCACCUGGAAAUGCCCCCAAAUUAAAGGAAGUGACCGAAACUCAACAGGAAGUCACCUGUAAAUGCCCCGAAAAUCAGAAAGAGACCGAAUGCUUUAGUUCAUCUUUUGAACAUUGACACCUUUUUAAAACGAUAAUUCUUGGCACGAGCGUAUCGACAACCUUUUAGGAUGCAGAGUAUCACGAUGUAUCAGCGUUUCGAUAUUUUGUACUUUUAUGCCUGUCCAAUAAAAGGCCAGAGUGGCAACACUG